CAUGCGAUUCUAAGAUAGCAAGAUAAACCAUAGCAUAGCUGUUCCUCAUUCAUCAUACAUACUUCCCCCCUCCCUUACCAUCACGAAGGACCAAAGGACCAGAAAAACGAAAACACCAAGAGCCAUCAAUCAUUCAUCAACCCUUAAUCAACCCUUCAUCAACCCUUCAUCAAUCCCAUUGAAUAAAACCCUAAAGAAGAAUAAACCCCGAGACUUUAAAAUCGGCACAAUACAUCCGAAUGCUCUUGGCUUGGUUGCCGUUGCUUCCUUCAUACACUUGUACCAUUUGUUGAUUUUAAUCCCUACCAUACCUACCUACCUAGGAACAAAGAGUAAGCAUAGACUCAUAGAGGGAGCAGAACAGAGUAAGCGUAGACGACGAAUGCUUUAUCAUCUCCGACGAUCUAUUCCCCACGUUUAUAAGCCAUCAGUGCAACACACACUUGGCUUCCUAACGGAAAAUCAAAUACAAGAGACAAGGCAGAGAAAGUCAAACCCUACCUACAUGGUACAUACUACCUGCGCCAUACAUAAGCCCUGGAGUUCCAUAUCUCCAUUUCACCCAACGACACACGACCCUCACGCUACACCAAUCCGAGAACGAAUCUCCCAAAUCCUAAGGAAACAAAGUCAAAUGCCAACACCAUCCCAAAGCAAGAAAGUGGAACAGCAUUUAACUCACCAAACCAAUUUCGUACUCAAGCAAUAUACCAGCCAAUAUCACUUGACUUGACGUUUCAUCGAUCCCACCAAUUACCAUUCCUUCGACUUGUUUUGCUACUCCCGGUGUGACUAGAUUACCUUGCGCAAGACCAUUUGCAAAUCUCCAUUCCACGGAUCACGAUUCACGUUUCACGAUUCACGUUUCACCCCUUCACCAUUUUCACGAUUCAAGCCUUCGCCUUUUCUACCUACAGAUACAUAAACAGACGACCAGUGAACCGAACGAGCGAGAGCUUCCUCCGCAAACGCCAAGAAAGGAUAGACCAGUGCAUUGCCCCAGGAAAUCCCAAAGGUCCCAAAGGUCGCAAAGUUGCAAAUAAAUAUCAACUCAUAUGAAUGAAUGUACCCAAGAAUUAUCCGCCAACCAUUUGUUUCUCCUCUUUCAAAAUGGCCAGUUAUCAUUCCUAUAAGAACACUUCUUACUAUACUACCGAUGGUAGCAGAGGUGAUAACUUUACUACUCCCGAACGUCCUCACGCAAAACCAUCCUACUCGUCUUCUUCAGAUGAUGAAGUCAUUACAUCUUUAAAGGGUCUUGCCUUGCAAUCAAGAACUAAAGAGAUUAUUAGUACUAGCAAUAGUCCCGGUAGUACAAAUUCAUCUCCACGUCAUGGUACUCUCGGAGCACAUGGUAAGUUAUUACGCUUCUACCCUUUUGACGCAAGCUCAAGCCUUUCCCGCUUUCUCCCCCGCCGCCACCCACGAAUUUAGUAGAUAUAUUUCAAGGCUGACUCGUGAUUUGAAAUAUAUUCAGUUGAUACAAUAUCUACAUUUAAUACUCCAAAGAAAAGCAAUUCAAUUCCCAUCACCAUUGAACAAUCUAUAACAAGAAAACGAGUUUAUACACCAUUGACAGGUCGUGGGGAAUUACCAGGGUAAGCAUACCUAAGCAUAAUUUGUUUUGUUAGGACGUUAUCGAAGAGCAAGGACUAUGCCGGGAGACUUUUUAUGCCAUUGUUCUAACAAAGAUUUAUAGAGGAUAUUUUCCCGGAUUUGCAGACGAAAACCCAGAAACCCUCAAAUCAGCUGUUCUAUUAUCAACUUCACGUUCAAGAGCCUCGCCAGAGGUAAAAUCACUUACAAUGUCUUCCGUGUUAUCACCGAUGGAUUCACCAUCUUCCGAUGCGACCGUUCGUAGUCCUCCUUCAAUCAUCAGCUCUCCAUUUACCUUGCCAGAAACUUUGGUCAUGCCAAAAGGAAAAUACUACCCUUCAAACUAUAAGCCCGCACCCACAUCUCCCGCCCCAAGUGUCGCUUCACCGAUAUUAAAUGGUGGCAAUCUUCAACUUCCUCCAAAGAGUCAACGUCAAAAAUCUACAAAUCCAAAUCAUCAGAGACGAUCUUCGGACAUUAAACGAAAGCUACAAAAAUACCAAAGGGAUAUGAUCGAACAAGCACGUAUGGUACAUGCUUCAGUAACUUCAUCUCCUGGUGUACCAUGCGCACCAGGAUCUAAACCUGUCAGCCCUAGAUUACUCCCUUUGGGUAGUCCCGGUCCCAUUACACCAUUUGAAUUGGAAGAAAGUUCUGGAUAUUUGAUUGCAGGUCAGACUAGAUCUGGUGGAUUAGCCGAAGGUAGAUUGAGAGAAAAUGAAGCCGUUGCAAGAAUGAUUAGAGUUGAGGAAGAAAGAAGAAGACGAGAGGGGCAAAGUUCACCAGUAGCUCGAGUCUGAAGGGGAAUUUUCAACCACGAACAUAAGAUUUCUUCUGGGAGAUUUGCAUUUUCGAAAAAAGAGCCAUCGAUCAAACUCAAAUUUUUUCGAUUACGAUUCACGAUCCCAUGCAUCGGAUAUUUCACAUUCGGCGAUUACAUCGAGAUACUCCACAAAAUCACCCACACUUCAUGCAAAACAUCAAUCAACAUGUUUGAUGAACUUCCCCCACAAAAUACAACUUUACACGUCAGCUCGCAUAACAUAACCUUUCUCGACAUGCAUCACGAAUUAUUCACGGCUCCUUUUUCCUUUGUUAACCGGAUAUCCAAAGGAGUUUUUAUCGGAUAUCCAUAUAUGGUCAUUCAAUAAGAUGUGACUUAUGCACACUACUAUUUUCUUCACGUGACCUAAAUACCAAGUGCUGGUAUAUUAGCUUUCGUUUUUGUUUUGUUUUUUGCAUCCUUUUGCGUUGGGUUUAGAUUGCAGUGAUCUUUUCUUUUUAUGGGGUUUAGGAUGGUGAUGUGAUAGAGUUUGAACUCUGUAUGGGUUGGGAAUGGGAAUGAGGAUGGAUCUGGGUAGGGUAGGGUA